AUGGGGAGAGCUGCCUCUUGUGGCACGCCGUCCCAGGGUCAGCGCCGCAACCGCAACCCGAGCCGCCUGCGUGUUUUCCCGCGCCCGCUGAGUCGGCGCCGGGAGACGACCUAUAACUUCAUAAAACCUUCACCUCCGCCUCCGCCUCCACCUCCACCUCCACCUCCAACCUCCGCCUCCGCUUCCAACCUCCACCCUCUACCUCCAACUUCCAACCUCCGCCUCCACCUCCACCUCCGCCUUUACCUCCAACCUCCGCCUCCGCCUCCAACCUCCAACCUCCGCCUCCGCCUCCAACCUCCAACCUCCGCCUCCACCUCCACCUCCACCUCGAUCCCGCCGCGUCAUGAGGACCGAAAUAGGAACCCACGGCACAUCGCGUCGAGCUUCCUUUCAAGGCAAAAGAUGGCCAUCGACAACAUCGCCGAGGACACGCUUGCGACACGUACCCUGCACACGCCCAUUUCCUUAGACAUGUGCACGGAAUGA